AUGUUGAAGGACGAAGAAGAUGAUGCUUGUUCGAUUGAUGUUGUUGCGUCUCCGGUUGCAAGGCGGAGGUUGGGCGGUGUAGCUGUUGUAGACGUAGGAGGUAAACAUCAGAAAGAGGCGCUAGGAGGUAAACAUCAGAAAACAUCUUCCAAGGCGUUCUGGGCAUCUCCAAAUCAAGACAAUCUCAGAAAAAUUCCUGAUAAAAUUGGUCACAGCUGCUGGAAGAUCGAAAAAGUCACCAACAUUACCCACAACAUGAACCACGGCGACGACCCAAAGGUACAGGAACAAACGUUUGCUAUCGCCAAUAAAGCCCUCGAGCGGCACAGGAAAGAUGAAGCUGCUAAGAGCCGAAGAAAG